CAGCCCCAAAUCCUGGUGCUCGAUCCCAAGCUGGCCCAUGAGAUUCUCGUGGGUAACUUCCGCUGCUUCAAGGACUCGCUGACCAGCUCCUAUAUGCAGCAUGCCAAGUGGGACAAGUACGCCAGGCGUAAUCCCUUCUGGGCAUCCGGCGACACCUGGCGACGUCUGCGUUCCGAGGCUCAAGCUGGGCUAUCGGCGAAUCGCUUGAAACGUGGCUAUAGUAUUUGGGAGCAGAGCGGCAGGAAGUUGACCAAGUACAUGACGGAGCAGCUAAACAAUAAUAUGUUGGAGACCAGAGAUCUCUGCUUUCGAUAUACAGCCGAUGUGAUGUGUGAUUUCAUAUGGGGCAUCGAUGCGGGCACCUUGACUCGCCACACGGGGGAGCCCAACAAGGUGCAGCAGAUGGCCAGCAAGUGGACCAAUUAUGCCUUCUACAUGAUCUCCAUCUUUAUGGCAUCGAUUAUAGCUCCGUUUACUCGGCUGCUCUUGCGCUUGCGCUUCUAUCCCAAGGACACGGAUGAGUUCUUUUCGAACCUGACCAAGGAAUCGAUUAACUUGCGCUUGAAGACAGGCGAAGAACCGCAACGCGUAGACUAUCUAUCGCAUCUGCUGAAGCUGCGCGACGAAAAGAAUGCCUCGCAUGAUGAUCUAGUGGGCCAUGCGCUGACCGUGAUGCUGGAUGGCUACGAUACCACCGGAACUGCGCUGCUUCACGCGCUCUAUUAUCUGUCGGAGUUUCCCUCUGCUCAGCAGAAGCUGCGCAUGGAGUUGCGCCAGAACACGGAGCACGAGAAAUCCCUGGACUACGACAAGCUAAGCCAGUUGCCCUACCUGGAGCAGGUUGUCUACGAAUCGUUGCGCUUGAGCAGUUUGAUACCUCAAUACACGAAAAUCUGCACAGAGUCCACGUUUAUACAGUUGAGCGAGAAUAGGCGAGUGGAGGUGGAGGAGGGCAUGACCGUUAUGAUACCCAAUUAUCAAUUUCACCACGAUGCCAAAUACUUUCCCGAUCCAGAAGCAUUCAGACCUGAACGGUUCAAUAAUGGGGAGCACAUCAAGAUGGUACAGCAAGGCAUUCUGUUGCCCUUCAGCGAUGGUCCACGCAUAUGCAUGGGUAUGCGCCUGGCUCUGCUAACUCUCAAGUCCGCACUGUUUCACAUCAUCAGCAACUAUCAAAUUGUGCGCAGUAAGCAGAAGAUAGUCACGGAUGGAGAUUCGGGCUUCGGAGUCGUACUACAAGGUGAUAUCAAUUUGGAAUAUCGUCGCUUUGUUCGAAGCUCAAAUAGAUUUCCACUCGGAGCACUAAACAAACAGUUGCUAAACGAACGAGCUGCCGUAAUGUGGACGCUGAUUGGGGUGCUCUUGGGCAUUGUGCAUGUGGCCUUUGCUGCGGUUUACCUGUAUCUCACCUGGUUCCAUAGCUAUUGGACGAAACGAGGUCUGGUGACAGCCCAGCCGCUGACUCUGCUCGGCAGCUAUCCGGGCUUGUUUGGAGGCGGCAGCAGCUUCAUCGAGGACAUUGGCAAGAUUUACAACAAAUACAAGGGCAAGGAGCGAGCUGUGGGCGUAUUCUUGACACGACAGCCGCAGAUCUUGGUGCUCGAUCCGCAGCUGGCGCACGAGGUCUUGGUCACGAAUUUCAGCGACUUUCGGGACACAGUGACGAGCAGCUAUGUGACGCACUCGAAGGACUAUGAUAAGUACGUCUCACGCAAUCCCUUCUUCAGCGCCGGCGAUGAGUGGAAGAAGCACCGCGUGAAUGCCGGAGCAGGCCUAACGCCCAAUAAACUGAAGCAGGCCUAUGCCAUUUGGGAGCAAACGGGAGAGAAGCUCGUCAGCUUCAUGCAGAGUUGCAUCGAGGAGCGGGGUAGCAAUAUCAUCGAAACCAGAGAUCUCUGCUAUCGCUACACAGCUCAGGCUAUGGGCGAUUUUAUCUGGGGCAUCGAUGCUGGCUCCUUGACCGGCAGCGUCAAGGAGACGAGCUCCUUCCAGCGCAUCUCCACGGAGUGGGUUACGCAUGCCUUUCUGGGCAUUACGCGAUUCAAUCGUACGACGAUUGCGCCCAUUGUGCGGAGAUUGUUUCGCAUGCGUUUCUUUACCCAGGCAGCGGAUGAUUUCUAUCUGAAGCUCACCCGGGAUGCGGCCAAGCUGAGGCAGAGCGGCAGUGGAGGAGAGCGUUCAGAUUACUUGGCGCAUCUGCUGCAGCUGCAGGAGAAGGGCGCCAGCCUGGACGAUAUGGUGGGUCAUGCUAUGACCGUGCUGAUGGAUGGCUUCGAAACCUCGAGCGCUGUGCUCUAUCAUAUGCUCUAUACGCUGGGCGCUUAUCCAGAGCAGCAGGAGAAGCUACGCUCCGAAAUCUUGACUGCGUUGGGCGUUGAUAAGUGCAUUAGCUACGAACAGCUGAAUGCUCUACCCUAUCUCGAUCAGUGUGUUUACGAAUCGAUGCGUAUGACCAGCGUGAUUGGCUUCUUGCUCAAGAUCUGCACUAGGCCCACGAAAAUGGACUUGGGCAACGAUAAAAUCUUAAAUGUCGAGCCGGGCGUCACUGUGGCAAUACCCGCGUAUCACUUUCAUCACGAUGAAGCCUAUUUUCCUCAACCUGACGAGUUUCGGCCCGAACGCUUUGACAAUGAAGCCAUCAGCGAGCUCACCAAGCGUGGUUGCCUCUUGGCCUUCGGGGAUGGACCACGCAUCUGCCUGGGCAUGCGAGUUGGCUUGCUAAGUGUGAAAAUGGCUUUGCUACGCAUUUUAUCCCAGUACAAAAUCGAGCAGACUAACAAAUUGUCCCUGUCCUCCGACUCCGGCCUGGGAAUGUAUUUGGAUGGGGAUGUUGAUUUGAGAUAUACGCGCAUAGAACUUUCCAAAUAAAAAUUCGAAUUUCAAUGUA